GAACUCAGAGUUGCUAGCCUGAUGCUACACCAAACUGGCUGUUCUCAACCACUACACCAAAUGAUACUUGGACAUAAAGAAACUCUCAUGGAGGCAGCAGCCACAAAAGAUAAGAUGGCCGUGCAUCCCAAUGACACAGAAAAGCCAAAAUCUUGCAGGGAGAAGUUUCUUCAAGCAUGGAAUGAAAAGCUGAAACUCCAGCCAUGUCCCAUAUUGUAUUCUCAAACACUAGCAUCUCAGUCAGCAGUUGAUAUUUCUGUCCAGGAAAUGCGAAUAAGGAACAAGGCCCUGUCAGAUUUACAAACAAGGGCCUCAUUGCAACAUAAUGAAAACGCCGUUUAUUUUGUGAAAGUAAUGCCUUUUCCUCCAGAGCAAAUGCAUCCAACUCCUGGGGAUGUAUGUGUAGGUGAACACUGCCCACAGCAAGAUGCUAUGGCAUCUUGGAAUAGCAACCAUGAUGCUAUAGACAAGAAGGUGCCAAGUGGAUCCAUGACAAGUGUUGAAGAGGAACUCCUACAGAUUUGUGUUUCUGAUUUACUGAUGGAGUCUCCAGCACGGAAGAGGCCCAGAUUGUUGCCACCUCACCGAAAGAUGCAUGUGGAAGUAUGGAAGAAAGAGGCUUCACCCCCAUUGCAGGAGCAUGCAAGAAAUCCAGUCCCAUUGGCAUACAAUCACCUGGUAGAUACCAUGUCAAUGACCAAUCUUGCUGACCUCCCUGAAGUAGAAUCUUUUUAUCGCAGAUUUAAUCCUAAAUUAAAACAAAGUUGUGAUAGGAAGAACAGUCCAAUCCAGUCAGGAACCGAUGGCUUUUUGCUUGUCAGGAACACAGACGUUUCUACCUCUCAAGAGGCUGAAGGAAGAAUUGCCAAGCAACAUCAGCAACUGAGCUUGAAGAGAAGUUCUCCUUUACCUGAUCUUAUGGUGGCAAACCUAGAAUCCAUGAACUCUCAAAAUAUCCACUUGCCACCAAAGAAACGAUACACUCAUGGCUGUCUCUAAGAGAUUUGCGGCUAAGUUGCCUGCCAUUUUAUUCUAGAUGUGCCUAAGACCAAAGCUUUUAACAAAUCUUCCAAAUAAUAACCAUAAAUGAAUAUAUAUUAGAUAUUUUACAGUGCUUAGUGUAAGAUGUUACUUUUGUAUUUUUGAAAUAAUUUUUUUGAAGGAUGUAAUUGAACUUGUUUUUCACUAAUUCUUAGUAACUUUAGAAAUAGGAUAUUAUUUUCUCCCCUUUCCACCUGCCAAAACAAGAUACUUUGAAAAACACUUCUGUCCGCAGUGUGGCUCCAUCAGCAAUGAAAUUGGAUGGUCCAUUUUUACAUGCUCACAAACAGGAAUUAUUUCAGAGUGAGAGGGAUAUUGUAGAAAUGUAGGAUGUCACUACUUUGUGUACAUAAAAUGUGACACAAUCACGUA